AUGCAACCACUUCACACUUCUUCGGAGAUGUUGAUGCAACAUGUUUUUGAAUCUUUAUCCGGAGUAGGAUUAUUGGCAAUAGUCAUCAUGGUGUUGGGCGGAGUGUAUUUGUAUUUCUUUUACUUUGAUUCUUCUCGUAAACAUGAUGACAACCAAAACCAUAACAUCAGCGCGGAACAGAUAAUUGAAGAUCAUCAUGAUGAUGAAGAUGAAUUGGCAUGGUUUCCAACGAAUGAACAUCAAUUAUGUACCGACUUGUCUACAUUGUCUGUGUCAUCGGAUGAUCCAUGUUCAUCCAUUCCUAUUUCAGAUCCAUCAUCCAAAGAAACAAAAUUACAUCCUUUAAUAGAUACAAUUCACGUACAUGAUGAAGCAACCAUCGGAAUUAAUCGUCCUGUAGCAAGUGAUACUUUGGAGGCUGCUCAUUCAUUAAAUCAUGAACCAAUGCUUGAAUCCAAUCAUUUACUUAACAACAUCUCGAUGGAUUCACCAAAAACAAAAAUCAAUCAACAAGAGCCUAAUGUAGCGCAUGGUAAUUCUUCCUCAACAACCCAACAUGAUCAUUUACUCUCAAAACAUUCAUUCUUGAUGGUCUGCUCGAAAUGUAAUUAUUUAUUUGCAACCUUUUUACCUCCGUCAAGAUUACCCGAACAAGAACACAUGGAAUUUCCUGAACGAUUUACAAAUCAUCCAUUCACAUUCGGAGUAUUGAAAUUAGAUAAUGACAAUAGAAGAAGAAAUGUUGCAUUCAUGCCACGAUUUCAUCAAGAAUAUAGAAUGAAGGACGAGCAAGAAGAUGACAAAAGACAAGAAGAGGAAAAAACUCUCAUUCCAACAUUAUGUUUUAUGGAAAAUUCCCCUCUCGAACAAGAAUUUAUUUGUAAAAAAAUUGAAGAAUCUGAACUAUCUCAAAUGAAAGAUGUCUCCAAACGAGAACGUGAUGCUGGAAAAUUAUUGCGAUUAUAUUGUAAAAAUUGUAAUACCAAAGUUGGAUCCUGCCUCAAAGAGCCCCUUAAGAUCCAAGUAGCUCCUGGUUUGUCUCUUCCAUUUAACACAUUUAUGGAUCAACAAGAUUGCUCCAUUGUUGAGAAGUGUCACUGUGAACAACAAAUGGAUGAUAGCAAAUAUAUUGAUUCGAAUAAUAUUGUCAUUACUGAUGAAGAAGACAGGAAAACAUUUCGUAAAACAACUUUAGGAGAGUGGAAAUACAGCUCACUGGCAAGCAUGUUGUUUGAAAUGCCUGAAUCUAGAAAGGACUUGAAACCACAAAAACGAAAUUUCAUGCAAAACAAAUUUCAUCACAAAUCAUUGCACAACAAGAAAUUCCCUCCUCACGACAAUUCCAAAUACCCUAGGGCCAAUACUAAUAUUACUAAUGUUCAAACACAAAGAAAGAAAGGAAAUAACAACCAUAGACAACAACCAUCUGCUGCAACAUCAGCUUCAGAGCCAACGAAGAAAAAGAAAGGACAGAAACGGAAAAAACAUCCCAAAACAGAUGGUUCCUCUAGUGUUCAAAAUGCAAAACUCAACAAACAAUGA